AUGGCUUCUCCACCUCCAAAGGAUCUCGAACGUUCUUCUUUCCUCCGAACUGAAGAUGAACAAUCUGAAGAGGAGACAGAAGUAGAAACAGCUGCUGUUGAAAGAAAAAAAGUUGCAGCCAAGAAAACACCGGCAAGCAGGAAAACCACCGGCAAAAGGAAAACAACCUCUCCUGCAGCUUCAACAGAAACAGCUACAUCAAAAGCUCCCAAGAGUUUAUCAAUCUCCAGUCCCUCGGCCUCCAUGAGAAAAGCAGAAACUUCCGAAUCUGAGGGAUCUGAUGACUCUCCUGAGUUUCUAAGGGAAGAAAAAGGAAAAAAGAAAGGAACAGAUUUCUCUUCUUCACAUGCAGCCCCCUUUUCGCGAAGGGUUAAGGGAAGAAGAUUUUCAAUGCGUUUGGCUGAAAAUAAUUUCAAAACAGUGGGCGCUAAUGAAACGGUUGAUCUUAGAGAGACUUCUCCUGAAGAUUCAAGCACAUUUGCUCAGGCUAAAUCCUCUACAGUUGACAAGGUGAUUGAGUCCACUGAAGACGAUGUUGAUGAUGAGGAACUUGAACGAGAUGUAUUUGGAAGGAUGAACCUGUUUUCCAGCUUUUCUGUCGAGAAGGGGAAAAAUGCCUUUGAAGAACAAACAGUGGCUUCGUCUCCAACCAAAGAAGAAAUACAAGUGGCCACUUCAGUACUUGGAAGGUUGAUAGAAGGUAACCCGAUAGCUUCCUACCAAGAUGUGGAGAUUGAAGAAAUUUUGUUUUCUGCCAGCAUCUUAGCCAGAAAUCUUGAGCUUCCAGAAAAUAAACGUAAGUUUUCGCAUGAUUUUCCAAUAAUUUUCCAAGACUUUACCCAACCUUUUGCGGAAAAAGAGAAGGCUGCCGAAGCUACUGCUGCUGCAAAAAAAGACGUCGAGGACAGCUUUGCACCUCUCUCCAAACAGAAGGAAGAAUAUGAGAAAGUAAAGGAAGAAAUUAACACGCAACACCAGGAAAGCCAAAAACUUGAGGAAGAAUUGGCACAACUGGAAGCUCAAAUGUCAAAGCUUAAAACCAGGAUUUCUGGCAAGCAAAAGGCAUUGGCAGACAUGAAGAUUCGGAGGAAGCAACUUCUUGACGGACUAGACAGCCAGCUGAAGAAAUUGGAGCCAAAAAGGGUAGCGGCUGAAGCUCUUGAGAAGAAAAAUCAAGGAAUUACCCAGGAACUCACCGCCAUGCAGCUUGAAUGGCAAGAAUGGAGAAAUUUCCUUUAGCUUAGCCUUCUAAAAACAGCUUUUAUUUUAUGUUUGUGGCCAUAGGCCAAGAAGAAUAGUUAUUUUCUAUGUUUGAACUUUAUUCUGGAUACUUCUUGAAUGGAUGGAUGGCUCUAUGUUAUCUUUUUGCUCUUCUGCUCGUCUGUUCUGGUUUCUGCCUGUAGGAAAACUUCCCGGAGUAGCUAGAAACGAAAGCAUACACUGAAGCAAGGGCAAAAAUGUACGCAUGAAUCUGUAUACAGAGGAGAGCCACACUGUAGAAUGCUGUAUUAUUAACCCAUCCUUUCAAGUAUCUUAGGUUUCAGUGUCUUGCUUUUGUACAACUCAUUGAAAGAAAAGAAACAUUACCAA